GUUGUAUUGCAAAUGCCAUCCCCCGUUUAAGAUCUUGCUCUUGCUUUGGAGCGCAAAUGAGCGUGGCAGAUCCAUGCGGAAGCGUCGAUGAGGGAACUGAUGACGAUCAGUGGAUCGAGCAAGUGGAACAUGAGGAGACCAUAGCACCGGAAGCUGUUAACGAAGAAGAAGUGGAAGAGUACAUUGAAGUUGAUGGCAUUGUUGAUGAUCACGAUAUGCAGCAAACCGUACUGCUUCGAGGAGAUACUGUUCCCCGUACUCUCCGCAAUGGUGCGGAUGUAUUUUACGCCCAUGUCCCCACCUCGAGCAACGAUGUGAGCUUGAAUUUGCCUGAUUUGCUUAGUCGAACGGUCACCUUCACGAACGGAUCCAAGAUGUUCAUUUGUUUCUCGAAAAAGUGUCGCAAGCAGCUGGCUUUUGAAGGUCACCUAUACAAUAUCGACGGAUUCGUGAAACCGUCAAACUGGAAUUUUUGGAGAUGUGUAAAUCCUUCUUGCAACGGUGCCAUUCGCACAUCACCCAACAUAACCGAACUACGCGUGCGCGACUCACACCGUAGCACUUGCACUCCUGAUGAUGUUCAGAUAAGGUUGCGCAUAACAAUUUAUGACCUUCGGUUGAUGGCUGAGUUCACUGAGGUACCACUUGAUGCUCUAUAUCAUGCGUACAUGGACAAAGUUAUGGUAGAGCACAACGAUCUUGUCGAUCUAUUCCCUCCAUUUGAAGCCUUAAAAUCAAACCUAGAAGAUCAUCGAGCAAAUCAUACCUACCGCAGAAGGUUUGCUUUGGAAGCUCGAGAAUCGGACACAAAUUCAAUAUAUUUCGAUUUAUUCGUUGACAACGCAGCCAAAUUCAAAAGAACGAAGCCAUUUCCACCGUCGCUGUGUAUGAGCUGCUCGGCUGAAUUUCGAAGCACGCCCGAGUUACCGUCACAAGAUCAGCUCCUCGAACAUAUGUUCUUCGAUCAUGGCAGGAAAACUUCAACAAUCAGUCGCUUCACAUUCGAGGAUUCUGAACUUUUUGAGCAAUGGGUUCGCGAGCUGCAGGGUCAUAGCAAAUAUCGUCUGAAGAAGAUGGGUAUUCACGAUGAGCAUAUGUACUAUCUUUGCCAGAACGAUGAUCGCCAUUUUAAAUCCAAUCACGGUCGAUCUUCUCUUGUGGACAUGCAUUGCACCGCUUUCAUUCGGGUGCAUGACUGGAGGCUUGUCAUGCGCCGCGAAAUGUCUGAAGUUGUCGUUGACUAUUGCUUGGAUCAAUACCUUCAUAGCGAACUUGCGGAUUCCCCGAAAUGCAAAACAAUCGAUGUUCUCUUUACUCCCGAAGUAUUUAUGCGUGAUUUGGCCGCUAGACGUGAACGUACCCAGCAGCUUAUACAGGACACCGGCUUACAGCGCGUUAAGCGUAGAGCUCAACCACCGUCUCUAACAUUGAACCUCUCGCAAAGGCAAGGAGGUUGCGCGGCAGGAGACGAUCUACCACGGCGCUUAUAUGGAGACACAGGAGAGCAAAGCAGUGAAUAUGCAGACAACGGGGACAACGUCUUCGGUGCAUCAAAAAGUAUGCAGCGUCAAAAGGCUGUGCAACUAAUACUGCGAAACACUUCUUCCCCAACGGUUGAUGCCCGCUCUAAGGAAUCAUACAUACCCACAUACAUUACUAGACGUGAAAACUUUGCUGAUGCAGAAACUUACAACACUGUUCUGCAAUUUGAAAUGACUUGCGACAUGUUGAAAGAGCGUAUGCAGUACGCUCGCUGCAUUCGUGCAGCGAACCACUAUUUGGAAAGGCUUACCGGCAUCUUAGACGAUGUUAUGGCUGAUCCUGAAUGUGCUCCAUCAAGCGCUAACGACUCCCUAAGCGAAGACUCUCCUUCUCGAGAUACCAACUCUUCUUUAUCUACCGCUGAAGCCUCCACUUCUCAAAAAGUGCCCAUCUCUUCCAUAGAUCGUGAGGUCAAACUGGAUAAUCAGAGUCUUCCACUUCGGCAGAAGGUUCUAGUACGCAAAGGAGAGAACGGUCAGCUGGUCGUUGUUAAACGGACUAUUCUUGGCAAGGUGCGCAAAGUUGUCCAUGAUGUAGAGAGCUCAACCAGUGAACAUCCCGUCGAGGAGCUACCACCAGCAAAAGCAACGACUUCGAUAGAUACAGAAAAAAACGGACAAAAUGACUUGCUUGAAACAGAUGUAAAGGGUGGAACCAGUGGUGAUGGGCCCCCUAUCGGUGACUUCCUACGCAAUGCUCUGUAUAAAUCGAGAACUUUGGGUCGUGAUCGAGCACUAUCUUUGGGUGUCAAAAAGAUGGUGCAUGAGAAUGCGGCCGGACAAAUCGCGUUCAAUGACGACGAAGACAAUGUCCAAACAAAGACUGAAAGGCUAUCUGAUUCUUCAAGUCAACGGAAUGCAGAUUCAAUAAGUGCUCGCCGUCCUCGUGGGCGACCGCGCAAAUAUCCGUGAUGGCAUCCCAGCAGAUUGUACAGUAUUUAUCAGAAUAAAUUUUCUUCUUUGACUGAUUUUCUCACUGCACAGCCA